AUGUCGCCACCGGCGCCGGCCCUUCGCUCCGUCAACACCCGCGAACUCUCGGAGGUGGUUUUCAACAACCGCAGCCCCCGCUCCGUCCUCCCCAUCUGGGUGGAUUUCGAAGGCAGGCCGUGUCACUACCCGGUCCUGCAGCCGCGCACCGGGCGGAUCAUACACAGCUACCGGGGUCACCUCUGGCUAUUCCGGGACGCGGGGACAAACGAUGGCCUCCUCGUCAACCAGCAGGAGCUGUUCGUAGCUGCUCCCAAUGUGAAUAAGGCAGACAUCACGCUGCCAGUGUUCACCCUGAAGGAGCGAUGUCUCCAGGUUGUUCGCAGUCUGGUCAAACCGAUGGACUACAGGAAACUGGACAUUGUUCGAUCGUUGUAUGAUGACCUGGAAAAUCAUCCUGAUAUUAGGAAGGACCUUCAGCGUCUUUCUCUGGAGAGAAGUGAAUUGUUGAGGAACGGAAUUCUGGAAUAA